AUUCAACCUGUACAGAUUAUAAACACACACAUGCUACAAGUGACGCUUUAAUCCGGGUUUAGAAAACAUGCAGAAGAGGAGAGACGACACGGAGGAAUCAAGAUCUGAAGUGAGGACGUGAACGCAGCGCCAUCAACGAGCGUCAGCAGCAGCAGCAGAAAAAGCAGCAGCAGCAGCAGCAGCGUCAGCAUCCUCCAUCAUGGAGAAAAUGAAGGAGAAAUCUAAAACUGCAGCAAGGACUAGACGGGAAAAGGAGAACAGCGAGUUUUACGAACUGGCCAAGAUGUUGCCUCUGCCGUCGGCCAUCACCUCCCAGCUGGACAAGGCCUCCAUCAUCAGGCUGACGACCAGUUACCUCAAGAUGAGGAUCGUGUUCCCGCAGGGUCUGGGUGAGGCCUGGGGCCACGCCAGUCGAACCAGGUCUUUGGACAACAUUGGUCGAGAGCUCGGGUCUCACUUACUGCAGACGUUGGACGGGUUCAUCUUCGUCGUGGCUCCUGACGGGAAGAUCAUGUACAUCUCAGAAACAGCCUCGGUCCAUUUAGGACUGUCUCAGGUAGAGUUGACCGGAAACAGUAUUUAUGAGUACGUUCAUCCGGCUGAUCAUGACGAGGUGACGGCUGUUCUCACUCCACACCAGCCUUAUCACUUCGUUCAAGAAUAUGAAAUGGAGCGUUCCUUUUUUUUACGCAUGAAAUGUGUUCUGGCCAAAAGGAACGCAGGCCUCACCAGUGGUGGGUACAAGGUGAUCCACUGCAGUGGGUACCUGAAGAUCCGUCAGUACAGUUUGGACAUGUCACCGUUUGAGGGCUGUUACCAGAACGUGGGUCUGGUGGCCGUGGGCCACUCUCUGCCCCCCAGCGCUGUGACAGAGAUCAAGCUGCACAGCAACAUGUUCAUGUUCAGAGCCAGUCUGGACAUGAAGCUCAUCUUCCUGGACUCCAGGGUAGCGGAGCUGACAGGGUACGAGCCCCAGGACCUGAUCGAGAAAACUCUGUACCAUCACGUCCACAGCUGCGACAUCUUCCACCUCCGCUGUGCUCACCACCUCUUGCUGGUAAAAGGCCAAGUCACCACCAAGUACUAUCGUUUCCUGGCCAAACACGGGGGCUGGGUCUGGGUGCAGAGUUACGCCACCAUCGUCCACAACAGCCGCUCCUCCAGACCUCACUGCAUCGUCAGCGUCAACUAUGUCCUCACGGACACAGAGUACAAGGGAAUGCAGCUGUCUUUGGACCAAAUGAGCCCCACCAAGCCCGCCUUCCCGUACGCCAACAGUCACACGGAGGACAAAAAGAGCACCAAGGCACGUCUGACCCAGACCAAGUCAAAAACCCGGGUGUCGCCCUACCCACAGCAGUUCUCUGCGUUCAACCCCGAGUCCGACCAGGACAGCCAGUGGGGGGGCAGCCCCGUGACAGACUCGGCUUCUCCUCAGCUGAUGGAUUCUGCCGAAGCCACGGAGGCAUCCUGUGCCUACAGACUGUAUCCAGACGCAGGCCCUCUCUGCUACAACUUUGGUCUGUCCGACGAGGACCUGGCCCACGCUCAGACACACCCCCACACCACCACCUGCGACCGCGUCCGAUGCCAGAGUGGCCGCUAUUUCCUCGGAACCCCUCAGUCUGGACGAGAGGUGUGGUGGGACGCCACGCGCUCCGUCCUCUCCCUGCCCAAACCGCCACCGGACAACAGCGAGGGCUACGAACUCACAUCCUACCACGCAGCCAUUCACGGGAGGGGCCAGUGGGAAGAAGACAGUGUGGUGAGUUCUCCUGACGGAGGUGGCUCCACCAGCGAUUCCGGGGAUCGUUACCACAACGACAAUUUCCGUACCAGCCCCCGAGAGCCCAGCAAGAUGGAGACAUUGAUCCGUGCCACCCAGCAGAUGAUCAAAGAGGAGGAGAGCCGUCUGCAACAACACAAGACACCCGCGGACGUUUCAGGACUCGCCAAAGCUCACAGCCCGUGCUUCGGCACUUCCUCGCUGCCCCACCACCCCCAGCUCAACAUGCCCAGCGUUGUGUGUCGAGGACCGGGGGCCCCCAGCAUCGACCUCCCCACUGAGCGCCUGCAUCACAAAGACAUCAUUAAAGUUCCAGGCCCACACGACACUGACGAGAACACCACCAGCCCGGCUUCUCUGUCUCGACUCAGCAGCCCCAGCUCCGACGGAAUCUCCAGGUCGCUCACCAAAGACUACAUGCAGACUGAACUGUCGCCUCACCCGGCGCAGCCACAGGGGAGUCCGCUCGUGUACCCCACCCAGGACAGGCUGCAGCUGGAGAGACAGACGGCCUACGCUUUGACGGGCUACUCCCUGGAGCACCUGUACGACCCGGGGAACUUGCGGAGUUACUCUGGACUCGCCUGCGGAGGCGUCCAGUAUGACGUGGCGUCUCACGUCAGGAUGCAGGCGGAGCAGAUGCAGGGACACAAAGCCACCUCUGUCAUCAUCACCAACGGGAGCUGACGACACCUGGUCAAGACAGAGUGAGGAUGUUACAGGAAGUGAUGUCGUGCUCUCACCUGACACUGGUCAGGUCCUCGCUAGGAAAACACAAAACUGAGCUCAAGUUUUCCUGAGGCCUGCGUUCCCCAACGUCGUCCCCCCUCUGUCAUCAGAGGACAAUUUUCCAAGACUCUAAAAGACUAGAGUUCAAGAACAAAUGCUUGGUUCAGGACCAUGGAACAGCGGUUCUCAUCAGAAUACUGUGCUAUUUUAACAACACUGGGCCCAGUUCCCUUCCUGGUUAAUCAUCAGACGAGGGUUUCUGUUCCAAUUGUCCCACGCGUCAUUGCCCAAGUGAGUUAAUCUGUCCUGGACACAAUUUCCAGAGGCAGUAAAGAAAAAGUGUUGUUCCGUUGACCCUUGACCUAAAAAAAAAAAAAAACAAAAACAAAAAAACUCUGCUGCAGAGAGAAAAAUGCAUAAUGUUCGACUCCUGAAGUGAGAGAACAGGAAAGUGGACGAUGUCAGUGUUUCUAGGUAUUUAUUUGUCAGUGGGCUUUUAUCUGUGUGCGUCAUUUCUUUGUUCAAAUGGAAACUUGACUGGUGCCAACAAAUGAGGCUGCACGUGUUUACGACAGAAACAUUAGAGUAGAGAGAAAUCAAGUGGGAAAACAGGGAAAAAAUACCUCUAAUAUGUAAAAGUGUAAAUUAAUGAAAUUGAAAACUUUUAACAUUUGAAUAUGUAUGAUGUCCAAAAUUGAUAUUAUAACAAUCAUUUGUCUGUUUUCGUCACCUGCCUUUAAUUUAAACACUUGAACUGUGGGGAUUGAAUGAACUCGUUUACAUAUCAGAGAUUUGUUUCUCCUGUUUUCCUCAGGCGUUCUCCAACAUUUUAGCAUCUGUAGAGUUUGAUCUGAUGAAGAAAAAAAAAAGAAAAAAAUGUCUCUGUUUUUGACCAGUCUUGACGGCCGGGAGGUUUAAAGUAUUUGAUACAAAUGUGUCUAAAAUUCUGUUGAAUGUCUUUAGUUUCAUAUUUAAUUUAUGAUGUAAAUAUGACACAAUGAGUUUUUGGACCAGGAGCGGCAAGAUUAUUUAUUAAUUGGUUUAAAAAAAAAAGACUUAAAUCUGAAUACUGUUGCAAACAAUUUGGGUCAUUUGGAGUUUUUUUCCUUCAACUGUUGCAUAGAAACGUACACACUGUGAAAGCACUGAUGACAAACCACACAAAGAUGUGAUGAAGAACGGUUCCAGCACAGACGACAACAAACACUUCACAACACAUCAAAGGAAAGAACCGACGACUGAAACUGUCACAAGUGAAUGAAUUAAUGAAAAUUAAAGACUAAUUAACCUUAGAGAGAAUUAUUAUAAUAAAUGAAUGUAACACUACAUUAUUGUUAUGAUCCGAGCACCAAAAAUGGCACAAUCAA